CAGGUUAAUAUUGUUUUGAGACGUCCUUCAGAUUCUAACCGCGAACUAAGUGUUCUGGGUUUUUGAAUACGUUGUCGGCAUUAGCUUGCUGCAGAUACAUAAUUCGUGUGUUAUAGGUGCUCAUUAAUUUGUUAACCAACAGUGACUGAACAUGGACGGGACAAUGAUUCUUCAUUCACUUGUAGUGAUUUCUUUUUUGAUUAUGCAGAUUGUAAAUUCAGAAACACAGAAUCCUAGAAUAUAUUAUAUGCACAUAAAAUCUGAUGUGAAAUUCCGAUUUGCAACAACUUUAGUAACCAGCAAAGUUGCUAACAGUGCAAAAGCUUCAGUUGAAGCACAUUUUGAAGUCACCCUUCCAGAUGCAGCAUUCAUUACUGAAUUUGUUAUGGAAAUUGAUGGACAGGUGUAUCCGGGAGAAAUCAACGAGAAAGCGAAAGCGAAAGAGAAAUAUGAUACAGCAAAGGAGAAGGGUCAAAGUGCCGGACAUGUGGCACAAAAACCCAGACAUACCAAUCGUUUUAGUGUUGAUGUAAACGUAGCAGCAGAGAGUAAAGUGACCUUUAACCUUACUUACCAAGAAUUAUUAGAGCGAGUCUAUGAACAAUACGAGCAUAUAAUAUAUGUAGACCCAGGUCAGAUUGUGGAGGAUUUCCGAAUUAACGUGUAUCUUCAUGAGUCAAGAGACAUUACUAAGGUCUCAGUGCCACCACUCCGAAAUGAUAUUAUUUCGGGGAUCACAGAAGAGAAAAACGCAUUGGCUGUCAUUGACCGACCAACAUCAAAGUCUGCCACUAUUCAGUAUGCUCCGACCACCGAUGACCAGAAACAGAUGUCUGACCAGGGAAUAUCAGGAUUGUUUGUUGUCGAGUAUGACGUCCAGAGAAAAUUUGACGCUGGUGAAGUCAUGGUUGUUGACGGAUACUUUGUGCACUUCUUUGCACCAGAAGGUAUGGAUCCUUUACCAAAAGACGUCUUAUUCAUCUUAGAUGUGAGUGGAUCUAUGUCCGGCACUAAAAUAGCACAACAAAAGAGUGCCAUGAAUAGUAUUUUGAAAGAUCUUUUCGAAGGUGAUCGUUUCAACAUAAUGCUGUUCAGCAAUGGCAAUAAUUUGUGGCAGCAAACCUUACUGUCUGCUAACAACAAAAAUAAACAGAAAGCACUUCAAUAUGUUAAACUUAUGAGAGCAGGUGGAGGGACGAAUAUCAACGGUGCAAUUUUGUCUGGAAUAAGGUUUUUGAAUUCUAUUCCAAGUCAAGGAACUACGGGAAAUCGAAAGAAAAUACUGGUAUUUCUUACUGAUGGGCUAGGCGAUACCGGCGUUGAUACGGUUCUUAAUAACAUCGACAGGAAAAAUACCAAAGGGUUGCCUAUUUAUAGUCUUGCCUUUGGAAGCAAUGCAGAUUAUGAAUUUGUAAAAAAGGUUGCAGUAAAAAAUAAAGGCGUUGCUAGGAAGAUAUUUGAAGAUUCUGAUGCAUCGCUACAGAUAAAGGGCUUCUACGAUGAAAUUUCAUCGUCAGCGUUACAAAAUGUUACCUUUAAAUAUCUUGACAAAAACACCGAUGUUACUGAAAAUGCAACAAAAAUGAACUUUGAUACGUUUUUCAACGGAAAAGAAAUCGUUAUUGCUGGCAAACUAUCAGACGACAACAUACAAGUCCUGAAUCUAUUGGUUACUGGUAAUGGGGUGAAUGGAAAUGUUGAACUGGAGCUUGAAUCAGAUAUUCAGAGUCGUGAUCCGGAAUUGACAAAAGCUGGUGACUUUGAGAAAAUCACGGAAAGAAUAUGGGCAUAUUUAACAAUCAAACAACUUCUAGAAGAAGCCAUCGGUGAAACUAAUGAAAUUGAAAAGAAGAUUUUAAAUGACAGGGCUCUAGCAAUGUCUUUGAAGUACAAGUUCGUCACACCAUUGACCUCUAUGGUUGUAAUAAAGCCAGAUGAACGAGAUCUCGGUGACUUGGAAGAGAAUGAUGAUGCAAGACUUGCUCUUAGUAAGGUAUCUAGUACUAAGCAAACGAGCUCUGCGUCGAAAAAUAAGAAACGAACCAGUCCAAAGCGAGGAGGUGGCGGAGGUGGAGGCAGAGGUUAUAGUUCAGGAGGAGGAGGUGGUGGAGAUCCGCAUUUUAUGCUGAAGAUAAAUGGUAUAGAAUUCUCGAUAUGCUUUGAUGUCGAUGCACGUGACGGAGAUGUUAUCCGGAUGUUGAAAGAUCCAAUCGCAGGUAUAACCAUUAACGCUGGUAUUGUAAGAUCAACAAUGAAAAAGAAAGAUGGAGAGUUUAAAACAUUCAUUGGAGAAAUUGUUGUACUGGCACCUGCUUCACGAAUUCAUAUAAAACCGGACAAAAUAAGAUUUAACGGAGCUGAAAAAUCCUGGACUGACCUAUUCGAUUUUAAAAUGGAAGGAAGUAAAAUCUUCAUUUAUGGAAAUAUAAGAUCAGUAUAUAUAUAUUUUGGAAAUAACGUUAGUAUUGAAAUCCGCCGAUUUAUGAAAGACGGUACUGAACGUGAUGUUAGCUACCUGAACAUGUACAUCGAUAACGAAAAAGGAGUAUCGAAUAUGGCAGGUGGUAUAUUAGGUGAGUUUGUUCAUAAAAAGACAACUCUGUUUAAGAUCAGUCUGGACAAAAGGGGUAGACAACAUGGACACUUUAAAGCGACAGAAAAUGCGAAUAAAACUCAUUUUAAUGCCAUUCUUCACAUUAAGCCAGAUAUAAUUACUGGUGAAAUGGCAUUGUGUUGGAAUGUGUAUAAGAAAACUGAAGGACUUCUAGCUGAUGAUCUAAAACAUUAUUUUAUUUCUGAUAUUGAUUCUACAUAACUAUAAUAAAAUAAAUUUUAAAAAAAAUGUGAACUACCAUCAAUUUAAUUUUGAUGGGUUGGAUGUUGAUGACCAUGUCAUUCAUAUUCACUGAUCAACGUUUCAGUAAGGAAUCAAAUAUUGGCCGUUUUAUUUUUGUCAACCAACGUUUAAAGGAACCCAUUUUAAUAAGGUCUAAUUAUAUAGAUUUAUCAACACAAUCACUUUAAGAACAAACUUUUCCUCUGCGUGUGUUUAUAUCGGAGAAACAUUAAAUUUUGAUUUUUUUCGAGUAAGGGACAUAAGAAAAAUCUGUUUUAAAAUUUCAUCGGCAAUUUGGUCUUUCCCUAAAUUCCCUAACGUGUCAAUAACGACUUAUUGGCGAAAAGGUUAUCUCUAAAACUCUUGUGUGCCUACAAAUAUAUAGGAAUCAUCAGAACUAAGUCCUGUAAAUCUCUUGAGGAUUUAUCUUAAAGGGACACGCAUGUGCGUAAAAGAUUGAUCAUCUACAAAAGGCAACAAUGACAAUAAUUAUCUUGUUAUAAUAUGUUUGAUGUCGACUAUAAUUUUAUAUAAUAUUGUAUAUAUUUGUAUAUUUUUAUGAUAUUGAAUCAUCGAUUCACUUCAA